AUGUCAGACAACGGUAGUGAUAGCAAUAACAAUAAUAAUAAUAGAAGGAGGAGAAGAGAUCAGGAUUAUGAUGAUGAUGAUGAUGAUGCUAAUAGAGAUGUUUCGAAUGUGAACAAUGGGUUCCCCCCAUCUUCUCCUCAACACGGUGGGUAUGCUCCAUCGUCCCCAGUCGGUAUUGCACCUUCUUCACCUAUUGGUGCUCCUGCAGAGAUGAUGAAUCCAGAAGGUGAAGAUGAUGAAAUUGAAGAGAUCCCAGAUCUAGAAGAGCUAGAAGAACAAAUGAACGAAGUCGAUUUGAUGGGGGACGAUAUGUAUAGGGAUUACGAUGAUGAUCCUGAUAAGGAUAGAUACGAUACUCAGGGUGUUGAUGAUAGGGAACAAACCGAAUUAAGUUUGGCUGAUAGAAGAAGAAUAGACAGGCAAUUAAAUGAUAGAGACAGACUUUUGAGAAAAUCGGCUUACUUAGAUGAAGAAGAAGAAGAAGAUGGGGAUGGUGGGCAAUUGGAUGAGAUGGGAUUGCCUGUACAGAGACGUAGGCGUAGAAGACAAUAUGAAGAUUUAGAACACAGUGAUGAUGAUCUUUUAAGUGAUUUAGAUAUCGAUCCAUUAGCCGAAGAAUUGACUUUAGAGUCGUUGAGUAAUGUUAAGGCAAUCUCAUAUUCAGAAUGGAUCACACAACCAAAUGUGGCAAGAACGAUUGCAAGGGAGUUGAAAUUAUUUUUGUUAGAAUACACUGAUGAAUCUGGUAGAUCUGUGUAUGGUGCUCGUAUUAGAACUUUAGGUGAAAUUAAUAGUGAAUCUUUAGAAGUUAAUUAUAGGCAUUUAGCGGCUUCAAAAGCUAUCUUAGCUCUGUUCUUGGCCAAAUGUCCGGAAGAAAUGUUAAAAAUCUUCGAUAUGGUAGCAAUGGAGGCAACAGAAUUACAUUAUCCAGAUUAUUCACGUAUUCACUCCGAAAUUCAUGUGAGAAUAUCUGAUUUCCCAGCUGUACACAAUUUAAGAGAAUUACGUGAAUCUAAUUUAAGUUCUUUGGUCCGUGUCACUGGUGUAGUAACUAGAAGAACAGGUGUAUUCCCUCAAUUGAAGUACGUCAAAUUUAACUGUUUGAAAUGUGGUUCUGUAUUGGGUCCUUACUUUCAAGAUUCAAAUGAAGAGAUAAAGAUUUCAUUUUGUCCAAAUUGUAAAUCUAAAGGUCCAUUCAAUAUGAAUGGUGAAAAAACUGUUUACAGAAAUUAUCAAAGAAUUACACUUCAAGAAGCCCCAGGUACAGUUCCAGCAGGCCGUCUUCCUAGACACAGAGAAAUUAUAUUAUUAGCAGACUUGGUAGAUGUUGCAAAACCAGGUGAAGAAGUUGAAAUCACUGGUAUAUAUAAGAACAACUAUGACGGUAACUUAAAUGCUAAAAAUGGUUUCCCUGUCUUCGCAACAAUAAUUGAAGCCAAUUCAAUUAGAAGAAGAGAAGGAAAUUCUGCAAAUAUAGAUGAAGAAGGUUUGGACAUCUUUAGUUGGACUGAAGAUGAAGAACGUGAAUUUAGAAAAUUAUCCAGAGAUCGUGGUAUCAUCGAUAAAAUCAUUUCAUCAAUGGCUCCAUCUAUUUAUGGUCAUAAGGAUAUUAAAACAGCUAUUGCCUGUUCGUUAUUUGGUGGUGUUCCAAAAAAUGUUAAUGGUAAACAUUCUAUCCGUGGUGAUAUUAAUGUUUUAUUGUUAGGUGAUCCAGGUACUGCAAAGUCCCAAAUUCUAAAGUACGUUGAAAAGACAGCCCAUAGAGCCGUGUUUGCUACCGGUCAGGGUGCUUCUGCUGUGGGUUUAACUGCAUCUGUUAGAAAAGAUCCUAUAACGAAGGAAUGGACUUUAGAAGGUGGUGCAUUAGUGCUAGCGGACAAAGGUGUUUGUUUAAUCGAUGAAUUCGAUAAAAUGAAUGACCAAGAUCGUACAUCUAUUCACGAAGCAAUGGAACAACAAAGUAUUUCUAUCUCAAAAGCAGGUAUCAUUACAACCUUGCAGGCAAGAUGUUCAAUUAUUGCAGCUGCCAAUCCAAACGGUGGUCGUUAUAAUUCUACGUUAUCCUUGGCUCAAAAUGUAAAUUUAACUGAACCAAUUUUAUCAAGAUUUGAUAUUCUUUGUGUUGUCAGAGAUUUAGUCGAUGAAGAAGCAGAUGAACGUCUAGCAACUUUUGUUGUAGAUUCGCAUGCCAGAUCUCAUCCUGAAAAUGAAGUUGAAAAUGACAACGAGGAAAAAAUGGAGGUUGACGGUAACAAUGAAGAAGAUGAAAAUGUACCAAAUCUUUCUGCAAGACAGAAAAGGAUAGAAAGACUGAGAAAGAAAGAAGAAGAAAUCUCUCCUAUUCCACAAGAGUUCUUGUUGAAAUAUAUUCAUUAUGCCAGAACCAAAAUAUUUCCUAAAUUACAUCAAAUGGAUAUGGACAAAGUCAGUAGAGUAUAUGCCGAUCUAAGAAGAGAAAGUAUAACAACUGGUUCAUUCCCAAUUACCGUUCGUCAUUUAGAAUCUAUUUUAAGAAUUGCAGAAUCGUUCGCUAAAAUGAGACUUUCUGAAUUCGUGUCAUCUUGGGAUUUAGAUAGGGCCAUUAGAGUUGUGGUAGAUUCUUUCGUCGAUGCUCAAAAAAUCAGUGUACGUCGUCAACUACAAAGGUCAUUUGCUAUCUAUACACUUGGGCAAAGAUAG